AUGGCUUCCAUUCUCUCCCUCUGCAUUUUAUUCAUAAUGUGUAUUUACCAAAGCCUUUCUUUCGCGGCUGUUGCGCCAUUUCUUGAUGGUCUACUAGAAAAUGGUAACUUUGAGGAAGGGCCAAAGGUAUCAAACCUUGAGAAAAGACAGAUCAUAGGAAAAUACUCCUUGCCCAAAUGGGAAAUUCAUGGCAUAGUUGAAUAUGUUUCAAGUGGACGGCAACCUAGUGGUUUUCACUAUGCAAUCCCUCGUGGGGUUCAUGCAGUGAGGCUUGGAAAUGAGGCUUCCAUAUCUCAAUAUGUUAAGGUGAAACCUGGAGCAAUGUCUUCAUUGACCUUUGCAGUCACCAGGACUUGUGCCCAAGAUGAGAAGCUAAGGGUUUCUGUCCCAGGUUUUUCGAUUGAACUCCCAAUUCAAACACUGUUUAGCAGCGAUGGUGGUGAUACUUAUGCAUGGGCUUUUAAGGCAACUUCUGAUGUUGUCAAGGUUACAUUUCAUAAUCCUGGAAUUCAAGAGGAUCCUACCUGUGGACCUCUUCUGGAUGCAAUUGCAAUCAAGGAGAUACUUCCUCUCAGAUACACUAAGGGAUUAUAUAAGAGAUGA